AGAACUGAGUUUACAGGAAACACAUCAAGUUUGACAAUUACCAAUAUUGUGCGAGAAGAUGAAGGCCAGUAUAAAUGUGUGGCCAGUAACACUGUGAAUAUGACUACUUCAUCUCCAGGAAACCUGACAGUCCUCUCGGUGCCUGACCCACCUAAUGAUGUCAAAGUGGUCACAAAAGGCUCACGGAUGGCAAAUAUCUCCUGGACGGCUGCUUUCAAUGGAAACAGUGCCAUUCAGAACUACACAGUGGAGAUCAGGGAAGUUACAGAAAACUUUAGAGACGUUUACUGUCAAGGAACAGUCUCAAUUGGUACCUGUGUAGUGUCCAGCUCCUCCACAACUGCUUCUCUUACAGGCCUUUUGCCUUUUAGAAAGUACUUCGCUAGAGUGUUUGCAACAAAUGCAGUUGGCAGAAGCAAUAGCAGCUCUAUUGUGACUGUUACUACAAAUGAAGAAGAACCCAGUGACUCGCCAAAAAGUGUCCAAGCUAUUGUUAAAAAUUCCACAAGCGUCUCUGUGAGCUGGGCUGCUGUCGCUAAGCAACAUCGUAAUGGAAUUAUCAAAGGAUACAAAGUAAUUUAUCAAGCGUUACCAGAUGGGGACAACGUCACAAGUUUCAGCAACAUCUCUUUUGAGGAUCAAGAAAAGGAAGACGAUGUAACUUUAGGUGAUCUGAUCAAGUUCACAAACUACAGCAUCAGAGUGUUAGCAUUCACUGUUGUUGGAGAUGGUCCAUCAAGUGAAGUCAAAAUCGUUCAAACACAACAAGACGAACCUACUGCUCCCCCUUCCAAUGUGGAAGGACAAAGUCUCAGCUCCAAAAGCAUCUCAGUUACAUGGGAUGAAGUUCCACAAGCUGACCAGAAUGGUAUCAUCACGAGUUACAAUAUUAGCUAUCACUCACUGAUGGAGAAUCACAGGAACAGUACAGCAGUGGAUUAUCCAGGUCGUCAAGUAAAUCUAACUGGUCUCAAGGAGUUUGUCAACUACAGCAUCACAGUAUUUGCAUCGACGAAAAUUGAAGACGGACCAGCCAGUGAUCCUGUUUAUGUCAAAACGGCUGAGGACAAACCUUCUGCUGCUCCUUUAAAUGUGAGAGGACAUAACACCAGCUCAACCAGUAUCUUAGUAGAGUGGGACGAUGUUCCAGCUUUUGAUCAGAAUGGUAUCAUCACGCGUUACACCAUUUUUUACCGCUCACAAACAGAGGGUGACAACGGAAGUGCUCAAGCAGGCCCCGAUAACCGUCAAAAGGAAUUAACAGAUCUUAGAAAGUAUGUCAAUUACAACAUCACAAUACGUGCGUCGACUUCGAAAGGCGAUGGACCAGACAGUAGCCCUGCUAUUGUUGUUAGAAGAGACCAGGAUAAACCUACUGCUGCUCCUUCAAAUGUUAGAGGACGUAACACAAGCUCAACCAGUAUCUUAGUAGAGUGGGAUGAUGUUCCAGCUUUUGAACAGAAUGGUAUAAUCACGGGUUACACCAUUUUUUACCGCUCACAAACAGAGGGUCACGACGGAAGUGCUCAGGCUGGCCCCGAUAACCGUCAAAAGAAAUUAACAGAUCUUAGAAAGUAUGUCAAUUACAACAUCACAAUACGUGCGUCGACUUCGAAAGGCGAUGGACCAGAGAGUAGCCCUGCUAUUGUUGUUAGAACAGACCAGGAUAAACCUACUGCUGCUCCUUCAAAUGUUAGAGGACGUAACACAAGUUCAACCAGCAUCUUAGUAGAGUGGGAUGAUGUUCCAGCUUUUGAACAGAAUGGUAUCAUCACGGGUUACACCAUUAUUUACCGCUCACAAACAGAGGGUGACAACGGAAGUGAUCAGGCUGGCCCCGAUAACCGUCAAAAGGAAUUAACAGAUCUUAGAGAGUAUGUCAAUUACAACAUCACAAUACGUGCGUCGACUUCGAAAGGCGAUGGACCAGAGAGUAGCCCUGCUAUUGUUGCUAGAACAGACCAGGAUAAACCUUCUGCUGCUCCUUUAAAUGUGAGAGGACAUAACACCAGCUCAACCAGCAUCUUGGUAGAGUGGGGUAAAGUUCCAGCAUUUGAUCAGAAUGGUACUGUCACAGGUUACAUCAUUACUUACCGAUCACAAACAGAGGGUCACGCUGGAAGUGCUAUAGCUAGCGCCAAUGAUAUUCAAAAGGAAUUAACAGGUCUUAGAGAGUACGUCGAUUACAAUAUCACAGUACUUGCGUCGACUUCGAAAGGUGGUGGACCAGAAAGUAUCCCAAUUGUUGUUAGAACAGACCAGGAUAAGCCCUUUGCUGCCCCUUCCAAUAUACGAGGACGUAACACCAGCUCAACUAGCAUCUUGGUAGAGUGGGGAGAGGUUCCAUCAGCUGAUCAGAAUGGUGUCAUCUUAACUUACACUAUUAGUUAUCAAUCACUGACACAGAAUGACAAUGACAAUAAAAUAGUGAAUUAUUCAAAGAAACAAGUAGAACUGACAGGCUUAAAGAAGUUCGUUAACUACAGCAUCACUCUGUUUGCAUCUACGGUGAAAGGAAAUGGAUAUCCUAGUGAUCCUAUUUUUGUUACCACUGACCAGGAUAAACCUACUGCUGCACCUUUAAAUGUGACAGGACAUAACACCAGCUCAACCAGUAUCUUAGUCAAGUGGGAUGAUGUUUCAGCUUUUGAUCAGAAUGGUAUUAUCACGGGUUAUAACAUAACUUACAGCUCACGAACUGAGGGUCACAAUGGAUUUGCUUCAACUGGUCCCACUGACCGUCAAAAUGAAUUAACAGGUCUUAGAGAGUACGUCAUUUACGACAUCAGAAUACUUGCGUCGACUUCGAAAGGCGAUGGACCAAACAGUAGCCCAAUUGUUGUUAGAACAGACCAGGAUAAGCCCUUUGCUGCCCCUUCUCAUAUACGAGGACGUAACACCAGCUCAACUAGCAUCUUAGUAGAGUGGGGAGAGGUUCCAUCAGCUGAUCAGAAUGGUGUCAUCUUAACUUACACUAUUAGUUAUCAAUCACUGACACAGAAUGACAAUGACAAUAAAAUAGUGAAUUAUUCAAAGAAACAAGUAGAACUGACAGGCUUAAAGAAGUUCGUUAACUACAGCAUCACUCUGUUUGCAUCUACGGUGAAAGGAAAUGGAGAUCAUAGUGAUCCUAUUUUUGUUACCACUGACCAGGAUAAACCUACUGCUGCACCUUUAAAUGUGACAGGACAUAACACCAGCUCAACCAGUAUCUUAGUCAAGUGGGAUGAUGUUUCAGCUUUUGAUCAGAAUGGUAUUAUCACGGGUUAUAACAUAACUUACAGCUCACGAACUGAGGGUCACAAUGGAUUUGCUUCAACUGGUCCCACUGACCGUCAAAAUGAAUUAACAGGUCUUAGAGAGUACGUCAUUUACGACAUCAGAAUACUUGCGUCGACUUCGAAAGGCGAUGGACCAAACAGUAGCCCAAUUGUUGUUAGAACAGACCAGGAUAAACCUACUGCUGCUCCUUCAAAUGUUAGAGGACGUAACACAAGCUCAACCAGCAUCUUAGUAGAGUGGGAUGAUGUUCCAGCUUUUGAACAGAAUGGUAUCAUCACGAAUUACACCAUUUUUUACCGCUCACAAACAGAGGGUCACAACGGAAGUGCUCAGGCUGGCCCCGAUAACCGUCAAAAGGAAUUAACAGAUCUUAGAAAGUAUGUCAAUUACAACAUCACAAUACGUGCGUCGACUUCGAAAGGCGAUGGACCAGACAGUAGCCCUGCUAUUGUUGUUAGAACAGACCAGGAUAAACCCAGCGGUGCACCUCAGAAUUUAAGUCUUGUCAAUACGACUUCAACAAGUAUAUUAGUCCUGUGGGAUGAGGUUUUGUCUGCUGAACAGAAUGGAAUUAUUGUCAGUUACAACGUCAGCUAUCGGGCAAUCCUUGAAAAUGGAUCUGUUGGGGCUAUCAUGUAUGAGUUAGUUGAUGCUCCUAAAAUGUACGUGAGCCUGACCGGUCUAACAAAGGAUAUGCAUUACAGUAUCAGCGUGUUGGCAUCCACAAUCAAAGGUGACGGGAUUUACAGCAACCCAUAGACCUUUAGAACAAACGAAGACAGGCCUAGUGGUCCUCCGCAGAUGGUACAAGGUCAGUUCACCAGUUCAACCAGCAUCGAAGUUACAUGGAAUGAUGUGCGAGAAGACCAGCAACAUGGUGACAUCAUUGGCUAUACUGUCAAGUUCAAAAAGGUAAUGGAUGUGAAUGCUCCUUACAAAGAAACCGAAGUUACCUCAAAAUCUGCUGAAUUGAAGAAACUUGAAAAGUA